AUGGCAUCGCCCAGUGCUACAGCUGACGACGCGGUGGCUAAGGCGCUGGAGAGGCUACGGCAGAGGAAGGCAGAAAAUUUACCUGUUAUCUGCUCAGGUGAAGUGGAGAGAGUCCAUUACCCAGGCAUCACAAACGUAUACUGCCGCUAUGCCAUCACGUACGGCGUUGACUGGCGCGUGCUUCAUGGGGCUGAAAACGGACUCUCGCAGAUUGCGUACUUGGCCAGCAAUGAAGACGAGAUCUUGCUCAACUUUCCCAUCGACGUGUCAUUCAAGAGCACCAACCCGUUCGGCUGGCCUCGCCUGGUGCUGAGUCUGUACGGACUCGACGCACUGGGUCGCGACGUGGUGCGAGGCUACGGCUCUAUCACGUUUCCUGUUACACCAGGCUGCUCGAUACGGGAGGUGCCGCUGUUUCGGCCAAUGUCUUCGUCACGAAUGCAGCAGUUUAUAGCGUGGCUAACGGGAUCACCGCCCGAGUAUUUCGACUCCAAGUUCGUAGCACAAAGCGAUUGCCGUGAGGUCACACGAGUCACCUCUGCAGGCAAAGUACGCGUCGUACUGAACGUGGCAACGCACGGGAUGAAGCACCACGGAUACACAUAA